CAACUUAUUAUUUUUUUAAUAGGGUAAUUAUCAGCCCAGUUUAAAUGCUAGCCGCGUUAGUUGUUGAUACUCUCACUUCGAAACGGGAUCACUUUCGCUUCCUAUAUACGUCUCAUUAUCUCUUGAAUCGGCGCACAAUCUUUGGAUUUCUGAGUGACUUUAGUCUUUCCCUCUAUCUUCCCCACUCGACAAGAAACGCGAUCGAUCGUUCCGAUAUCGCUCGCGGAAAUCCUCAACGCAACAGGAUCGAUCCAUCUACCUCGUCUUCUCUUCACGUAGGGAAUUCGAGGGCUAAAGCUGCAAAAGUGGGCCUUUUGCAUGUUGAGAUUAUUGCGAGGAGGUGCACAAUGUUUAGCCGGCUGUUUGGGAAGCCCAACGAAAAUGCAUAUGACUUGUCUACGAUGGAUAAACUCUAUGAGACACUUGCUAUGUUAGAGAAAAAGGAACAAGCUCUGAUGAAAAAGGUGGCUGCGGAGAUAGAGAAAGCCAAGGAGUUCACCAAAGCAAAUAACAAGAGAGCUGCUAUACAAUGCUUGAAAAGGAAAAGACUUCACGAACAACAAGUCGAACAGCUUGGGAAUUUCCAGUUGCGGAUUCAUGAUCAGAUUAUAAUGUUGGAAGGUGCAAAAGCCACAACAGAGACUAUUGAUGCACUGAGAAUUGGAGCAGCAGCUAUGAAGACUAUACAGAAAGAAACCAACAUUGAUGAUGUCGACAAGACAAUGGAUGAAAUUAAUGAGCAAACUGAGAACAUGAAACAAAUUCAGGAAGCGUUGUCUCUUGGAGUGGCAGCUGAUUUUGAUGAAGAUGAAUUGGAAGCAGAACUUGAAGAAUUGGAGGGUGCUGAGCUGGAGGAAGAACUGCUUAAACCAGCUACAGCUGCACCUGCUCCACCAGUCCAGGAUCCUUCUGUUAAACUUCCCACUCAGCCUAUGCCACACAAAAAUACAUCUGAAGAAGAUGAACUUGCAGCACUCCAAUCUGAGAUGGCCAUGUAGUGAGGCCUGAAAUCUGUGCUGCCUAGAGAAUGUGCAUUCAAAUUGUCUAAAAAAGGAUUCGAUUACUCAAUGGUAGUGUUGUCGGAGAUGCUCUGACUUGAUAGAUUGUGGUCUUCACUGUGCAUAUGUUUUAGCUGAUAAUGGGAAGAAAGAGAAGCUUCCUAUCCUUCUUUUAUGGUUUAUUGCGGUGUCCAAUCUUGUAAACAGUUGUUAGUUGAUUUUACCCUAUCAUAUAUUGAUGCACAUUUAUCAUA